UAAAGCGUAACACCGGAAGUGGCGCAUGACAAAUAGCUCGAUACAAUGGCGCCUCUAGAUUUGGAUAAAUAUGCGGAGAUUGCAAAACAGUGUAAAUACCUUCCAGAGAAUGACCUCAAGAGGUUAUGUGACUAUGUGUGUGAUCUUCUACUGGAGGAGUCCAAUGUCCAGCCGGUUUCUACUCCUGUGACAGUAUGUGGGGACAUACAUGGACAGUUCUAUGAUCUUUGUGAGCUCUUCCGAACCGGCGGCCAGGUCCCAGACACAAAUUACAUAUUUAUGGGAGACUUUGUUGACCGGGGCUACUACAGCUUGGAGACGUUCACCUACCUGCUGGUGCUGAAAGCCAAAUGGCCCGACCGCAUCACGCUCCUACGAGGAAACCACGAGAGCAGACAGAUCACACAAGUCUACGGCUUUUAUGAUGAAUGUCAGACUAAAUACGGGAAUGCAAAUGCCUGGCGUUACUGCACCAAAGUGUUCGACAUGUUAACAGUUGCGGCUCUGAUGGACGAGCAGAUCCUGUGCGUACACGGAGGUCUCUCUCCCGACAUCAAAACCCUGGAUCAGAUCCGAACCAUCGAGCGGAACCAGGAGAUCCCCCACAAAGGAGCGUUCUGUGAUCUGGUGUGGUCGGACCCAGAGGACGUGGACACGUGGGCCAUUAGUCCCAGAGGAGCUGGCUGGCUGUUUGGUGCAAAGGUCACAAAUGAGUUUGUUCACAUCAACAACCUGAAGCUGAUCUGCCGGGCUCACCAGCUCGUCCACGAGGGCUACAAGUUCAUGUUUGAUGAGAAGUUGGUCACCGUGUGGUCUGCUCCCAACUACUGCUAUCGCUGCGGCAAUAUCGCCUCCAUCAUGGUCUUCAAAGACGCUAACACCAGAGAGCCCAAGCUCUUCAGAGCCGUACCCGACUCCGAACGGGUCAUUCCUCCACGAACGACGACGCCUUACUUCCUGUAAGCAGGAG